AAUUCUUGGCCGAGACGGAAGCCGGGUACACACGAGUCACACGGUCGUGACUGUUGGAGAUCAUCGACACCAUCUGUCGAGCACGCUCACCACGACCACACUCGCUCAGAUAUUUCGAUAAUUUAGUUACGACCGCCAUCUCCUACGUCUCAUUUAUCAUACUUGUUAUCCACUACGGAUCGUGCCUGACGCUCACUACGCGUCCAUCGCAGUCACCACGUCGUCCGUCAUGAAAGGUCUCAAAAAGACCCUGUUACGGAAGGACUCCAGUGGGAGUAAGACCAAGACAGAAAAGACGCCAUCCGGCGCGAGUAACGGCGUACCUCCACCUCCACCGCCCAAUAACGCGAAACCGCAGUUGCCUCAGCUACCUGCAGCAUCUUCUUCGCCAUUAAAUAUUUCAUUCGGUGGCAGUGGUAGUAGUAACGCUCACGCCAAUACGGGUUCGUCCAAUGCAUCGUAUAGCACGCGUUCCAGCGGACAAGUGGUAGCAGGCUCGGGAUCGGGCCAAGCGCCUUCAACGCCAGACCGCCGAUUUUCUCAGCCUGAUCGAGCAUCGCCUGCUCCACCGAUUGUCGUCGUCAGCCCGGACGCGCAUGCUGAUGCUAAUAUUCGUGGUGGGUUCCAGGGAACGUCGCUCACUGGUGACGUGCCUCGCGCGGGUACGCUCAACCGUCUCCGCCAAACACCAAAAGAUACUAUUCCUAUCAUCGGGAAACCACCUCGCAAGCAGCGGAGCAGCCGCUUCGUGCCGUCAGAAAAAGUAGAAAUCGAGCGGCUGCCGCCGUUUAGCGAGACGCCGCCCCAGGAGAGGCCCGACCUCUUUAUCAAGAAACUUAUGCAGUGCAAAGUUAUCUUCGAUUUCAACGAUGCGAGCGCUGAGCUCAAGGGCAAGCAAGUCAAAGCACAGACUCUCACCGAAAUGCUAGAAUAUAUUACGACUCAACGCAAUGUCAUUACUGAAAAUGUAUACCCCGAGGUCGUCAACAUGUUUGCUACGAAUCUCUUCCGUUCUAUACCCCCUCAAACAAAUCCGUCUGGCGACGCCUUCGAUCCGGAAGAAGACGAGCCGGUUCUUGAGCUGGCUUGGCCGCAUCUCCAAAUUGUCUAUGAAUUCUUCCUGCGAUUUGUCGAGUCUCCGGAUUUCAACACCAACAUAGCCAAGCGCUAUAUUGACCAGUCAUUUGUGCUCAACCUUCUGGAGUUAUUUGAUUCCGAAGACCCGCGGGAACGAGACUUCCUUAAAACAACGCUCCACCGAAUUUACGGCAAAUUCCUGAACUUGCGUGCAUUUAUCAGGCGUUCAAUUAACAAUGUGUUCUUCCAAUUCAUUUACGAGACUGAACGGCACAACGGCAUUGCAGAGCUGCUCGAAAUUCUGGGGUCGAUUAUCAAUGGCUUUGCACUUCCGCUAAAGGACGAGCACAAAAUUUUCCUUACACGCUCACUAAUCCCGUUACACAAGGUCAAGAGCUUAUCACUGUAUCAUCCGCAGCUCGCGUACUGCGUUGUACAGUUCCUAGAAAAGGAUGCAAGCCUUACGGAGGAAGUGCUUCUGGGACUACUUAAAUUUUGGCCAAAGGUGAAUUCGCCAAAGGAAGUCAUGUUCCUCAAUGAGGUCGAGGAGGUGCUCGAUGUUAUUGAUCCAGCAGAAUUUCCGAAAAUAUCCGUACCACUCUUCCAGCAGCUGGCACGAUGUGUAAACAGCCAGCACUUCCAAGUUGCAGAACGGGCGCUUUAUUACUGGAACAACGAAUAUAUCGUCAACUUAAUGACGGACAACAUGGGAACCAUUUUACCAAUUAUUUUCCCAGCACUGUAUAUCAACUCACGAUCGCAUUGGAAUAGGACCAUCCAUGGCAUGGUGUACAAUGCAUUGAAAAUGUUCAUGGAGAUCAAUCCGGAGCUAUUUGAAGAAGCUAUGCAGCAAUUCAAGCGCAACCGAGUCGCUGAUCGCCAAAAACGAGUGAAACUGUACGAGGACUGGCAAAAGAUACGAGAUAUAGCAAGGAAGAAUGCAGGUGGCAAGCUUCCUGAUGGUUUCGACGACGCGUUCCCUCCACCCCCUCCUCCUGUUGUCGAUGAUAUCGAUAUCGAGCACCUCUCAAUGGAUCUCAGCGCAGCCUCGCUCGAUGCGGAAAUCGCGCAAGAACUUGAUGAAAGUGGAAUUGAAAGAGUGCCCAUGGCAGAUCCAGGCCUUGAAAGUACGUAUGGUGAGGCAAUGCAAGAGUUUUCAGCGAACACGGCAGUGAACCCCCAGAGUCCACAUGUUAGAAGGAAGAGUGUGUUGCCUGUUGACCCGUCCGUACUAAGAGACCUCCAAGCACACCGGAGUCUAGACGAUACGCGUGGCUUUGUUCACGGACACGGAAGUGGUGAAAGCAACUAAGAUAGCUGGAUCGAGGGUGUUACUAGACUCUUCGGUAUUUCUGCGCUAUGAUCACAUACGUCAAACGACCCUUUUAUACUCAAAGCCAUUGAAUUUCAUGAUGUUCUACCCAAUCGCGGGUAGUGCGCUCCCCUUGUAUCUUACUUCUCGGCCUGGAACACCGCAUGCACACGGUUACAUUUAAUUUUCUCCACUCUUUCGAUUCACGUUCGGCACCAUUCUUUCAUACCUUUUCCCCCUCUUAUGUACCCUGGUCCAUUUUUGUGUGUUCGUUUUCUUCCGGGGAGGGUUGAGACGGUACACUUAUGCGCGGUGCACGUAUGGAAUCCGAUACACUACAUACCUAUAGCUGCUUAGUAUUGUGAAUGUGAAUCCGUAUCUGUUUCUGGUGAAUGGUUAUUA